AUGGACGCGAAAAUGCAAAACGUCAAAAAUUUAUCGUCGACGGUUACGGUGAGCUUUGGAGGAUUACUGUAGAUCAUAAAGCUUACCAAUAAAUUAAAAGAUGAGAAAAACUUUAAAAAAAUCGCCUCUCGAUUCACUUUUUGAUUAUCAAAUCAGUUCACUAUACGGCCUAAUCUGAGCAAUAUUCCCUUAAUAUGACGAUUACUUAGGCGGACACAAGCGGAGAAUUCAACCGCGAAGCUGACGACUGUAUCGCUUUUCUCGAGGAGGAAAUAGUUCGCGAGAAGGAGAACCGCAGACGGAAUAUCAAUCAAUUGGGAGUUGUGCGUUUUUUGGCUCAGUGGUAUUGGUUUCGUCUAAAGCUAAGAGGGUCCCAGGUUCGGCUCCUGUGAACAAAAAUUGAGAGCUGCCAGAUUUUCUUUUGGCUUUUUAACUGGGAAAUGUAGAGCUCAAGAAAAGACGAUUAUAGCUCAGCGGUUAGUGACCCAGUAUAUGGUUCAAAAGGUCCCUGGUUCGAUUCCUGUCGACGUAAAAAUUGGAAGUUGAGAAUUUUUCUCUCAAUUUUCCGAUUGAAAAAUGGGCGAUCAUAGCUCAGUGGUAAGGGGCUCUAUAAGUAAUCCAAAGGGUUUCAAGUUCAAUUCCUGCCGUCGUACAAACACGAAGUUCAAGUCCUAUGAGGGACAUUAUGACUUGGAAACCGAAAUCUUCAACUUUCAGUUCUUCAAAAUGUUAUUUCCAGUUCUCCGGUCAAAUCACGGAGCUUUGGGACCGACUGGACAAGGCUCGUCGCAAAGAAGCCGACUUGGCUCAAAGAGUCCUUGGCUGGGCUCAUAUACUGACCAAUCUAAUGAGAGAAGUAACUAUCGAUUCAAAAAAGGAUCAAGAUGAAUCUUGAUAGGCGUCAGCGAGGGAGCACCGACUUCAGAAGACAGUGACGAUCUCAAACGGGCUGUCCGAAGAGAUGACGGCGCAGAUGGAGAAACUUAAGUUGAAGAAAGAGUCGGUAGCGAAGCUCCGCGAAGAGCUCGAUGCUCGCCGAGCCAUGCACAAGGUGAACUUAUCAUUCUUAUAGAAAAAUUGGCUGAUCGUAAAGCUGUCAAAGUUAACGACCUUGUUUGCCAGCUACCGGACUAGGAGUCCAAUAAACCAGCGAACUUUGAUAAUUGCAAUCAUAGUCGUUUCAUCAUGACUUUACAUGCCAUGACACGGUACAACUGGCCUCAAGCUUCCCCACGAUACUGGAUAAUACAACUCGCAAGUAGUUUCAAGUCGGGCGCACCAAAACAUAAGUUUUCUUGGUGAAUCUCUUGCGGCCACGAGAAGAUAAGAGUGCAAUAAGACGUUAGAAAAUGAAAAAAAACUGUUCAGCAACAACUCCGGGAGCUCAAGAAGCACAUCAAGCAGCACGAAGAGAACAUGGUCUCGUUCGAUAAAAGCGCCGACGAACUGACUGCCGCCGUGACUUGUCUUCAGAAACAGAAGCAGCAUCUCAUAGAGCGGCUCGAUGAGCUGAUGGACAGGGACAACGAGGAGAAGGUGAGUAUGAUUUUUCGACUUGAGAAAUGACGUCAUAGUUAACCUUGGUGACGUCAUUUUUAUUUCACAAGUUGUAAAGGACCAUCCGCGUUCCAAUCCAUUUCGAAAACAGUUUUUUUAUUUCACAGGAAUAUAAUUAAAAGCCUUCCUAAGCUCCACUCAGUUAUGAAAACUGAUAGAUGACGUCAUAGUUAACCCUGGUGACGUCAUUUUUAUUUCACAAGUCGUAAAGGACCACUCUGCGUUCCAAAAAAUUCCGAGAACAGUUUUUUUCAGAAGAAUAUAAUUAAAAGCCUUCCUAAGCUCCACUCAGUUAUGAAAACUGAUAGAUUACGUCAUAGUCAACCCUGGUGACGUCAUACUUAUUUCUCAAGCCGUAAAGGGACCGCUCUACGAUCCAAUCUAUUUCGAAGAUGACUUUUUUUCCACCGGAAAAUACUCAAGAGCCUUCCUAGGGUGCCCUAAGAUAUGAAUCCUGAUAAAUGACGUCAUAGUUAAACCUGGUGAUGUCAUAUUUAUUUUACAAGCCGCUAAGGGACCACUCCACGCUCCAAUAAUUUUUCAAAAAAACAGUUUUUUCUUUUAGAUAAAAAAAGACUUUAAGGCGUUCCGAUAUUAAGUCAUUAAACCUGACAAAUGACGUCAUAUUUACCCUUCUGACGUCAUAUUAUUUCCAUAAGCCGCAACGCGACUGCUCUACGAUCCAAUCUAUUUCGAAACUAAUUUUUUUCACUGGAAAAUACUCAAGUCUUCCUAAGUUUCACUAAGUUAUGAAAACUGAGUAAUGACGUCAUAGUUGACUCUGGUGACGUCAUAUUAACUCCACAAGCCGCAACGCGACCGCUAAAAGUUCCAAUCCAUUCAGAAAGCCGUUAUUUAUUCUCACAGAAACAGUCAAAGCUUUCCUCAGUCCUACUAAGAAACCUGAUAAUGACGUCCCGAUUGCUCUGACGCACGUCAUUAUUUAAAAAAACACGCGAUGCGACCGCUUUGCGCCCGAAUCCAUUCCAAUAACUUUAUCUCAUUUUUUUUCUAUAAACUAGUCGAAAAAUCCUUAAAAAAGUCAUAUUUACAGAAAAAUUAGUCUAUGAAACUGGCGGAUAAGUAACAUUAUAAUGAAUAAACCGCGACGCGACCGCCCCGCGUCCUAAUCCAUUCCAAUAUCCAAUUUCUGCAGAAGCAACUCGAAAGCCUGGAAGCUAUUUUCGAGACGAUUUCCGUUAACAAGACCACUUCCACCACUAUGAGCGAUGUAAGAAGAGUUUUCAAUUCAUUUUUUAGUUACGGUAGCAUUUUUAAAUUGCAGGUAACAUAUCACCCCGACCAUCGGUGCAGCUAUACGGCAUCGAUUUCGACAAUUUCAUUGCCAAACGAGGGGAAACGUGUUUGA